AGGAGACGUGGAAUGGUGCGAGAGCACUUGCUUAAUAUUUUGUCAACUUUAUCCAGAUCAAAACAGCAGGAUGACUUCAGAGGGGCUCUCUCUGAAGGGUUUCUCAGCAACUCUAAGCAGAGUACAUUGAUUCAUCUACUUCAGUCUACUUGCAGGUUGGAGCGGAGGCUGGAGGUGGUAAACAGCAGGUUUGAGGAGCUGGACGAGGCGGCGAGAUCACUCACGGACCGUCUGGAGCGGCACAAACAGGGGCUGGCCCUCCAGGCCCGGCAGGACCAGGUGUGGGCGUCUCUACUGGAGGAAAAGUUCGCCGCCACAGAGACCAACCUCUUCUUCUCCUACGUGUCAGACACGUUCCUGCGCUGCCACUCCCGCGUCGCGAGGAAACUUCCGGAUCUGGCUCCCGGCCUGCCGAACACGGCGUGCAUCCUGCGGAGGAAGAUCAAGAAUCGGCGGAUCGACGCGGCGUGGGAGUCCACCCUCAGAGACCUGGGGCUGGAGAACCCGGACGUCAGGGCCAUGUUCUUUGUGACGCGCGGGUACCAGGCGGAAUACCUCAGCCCCGCUCGGAGGCAGGCGCCCGGGGAGGAUGUGAACGCUCUCAUUAGGAAGGUGGUGGUAAACCAGGUGCUGAGGGACAGCCUGCUGAGGGCGGUGCAGGUGGCGGAGAAGGGCAAGGCCGGGUCCCCUCGCGCUUCCCGCGGGGGAAGAGUGUAAACCGGCUUCGUCUAUCAGAGAACACCUGGCAAAUCGAGGGACCCACUGACUGAUUUCACGGCCUGUGACUGGUUUGGUUAGUUGACUGGAACUGGUCGGUGCCUUGCACGGCAGCCAAUUGCCGUUGGUGUGUGAGUGUGUGUGUGUGUGAAUUGGUGAAUGAGACGCAUCAAUUGCACAGCGCUUUGGAUAAAGGCGCGAUAUAAAUGGCAACCAUUUACCAUUUAGUGGUUACCUCAGUCAAAAGUAUAAGUUACACAGCCAACACAGGGUGGCAGUGUAGUUUAAUGGUAGGGAACUGAGCUUGUAACUCAAAUGUUACUAAAUCUCCAGGUUUGACACUGGCAUUGUACCCUUGGAACAUGGUAUCUAAGCCAAAUAUACAGAGUGUAUAUAUAUACAGUUUCCAAUUGUGUAACCUACUGUAAAUGGAAAAGUUGUGUACAUUUGGGUAUACUACAUAAUAAAUGCAAGUAAUGUAAUGUAAUGUAAUUGUCACAACAAAAGAGCAACAACACCAAAAUAUGUAACACCUACCCUUUCACGGGUUCCGGGGAAAAAUAAAAAUAAAAUCUAACACAGUAAAGUAAAAUUUU